AUGCUCAUUGCUCACAUAUUACUUUCAGAAGAUUAUAAUCCUAAAUGGGAAACUGAAAGUUCUGCUCGUGGUUAUGAAAUCGUUCUUGGUGGUGUUCGAAAUUCAAUUUCAUGGAUAAGUGUUGGUGGAAACGCUAAAGUACGUGUACCAAUUCGAGUCAAUUCGCCCAAUAUGUUAUCGACUCUUGAUCCAAUGCCAGUUGAAAUAAUUCAAACAAUUGAUGGGCAACUAUUUGUAAAUAUACCCGGUUAUUCAGAACCUCUUUUGAAAUAUUCAGAUACACCUCCUGUGAAUAUACAGUUUUUUAGCUUUGGUACUUAUGGAAAUACGUCAGCUAAAUGGUACUACAAUUGUCAAUUUGAUGGAUAUUCAAGCUUAGAAAGACAAGAGAUAUUCAAAAGUUUAGUCCAACCUAUAAACAUUUAUUUAACAGGAGAAACUGCAGAAAGAAACCAAGACAAUUAUGCUGAUAAACAGACAAAGUGGUCUGGAACUGGUCCUUUUUACAAUCCUGGUUCACUUCCAAAGCUGAACAAUUUUGUAGAAAAUUAUGAGCUGAUGAGAAAAAUAACUGGAGAAAAAAAAACUCCAAAUACAGAAAAACCAGAAAAACCGAUUGUAGAUAUCUGUAGGACUUGGGAAUGGUUUUACUCAAAAAAUUCACUGAUGUAAAUUUUAAUUACCUAGUGUUUUAAUGUUAAUUAUCAUAAAAGGUUAAAUGUUUAUUGAAUAUAUAGAGAUUUAAUCAGAAUAAUUAAAAUAAAAAAAAACGAAAAAAGGAAAUCUUAGCUUUGA